CGUUCUGGAAGCUGCUUGGCGCGUAGCAGCGUUCGUGUCACGCCUUCAUUUUUUUUUACGAAUUAAAAUUGUAACAUUUUAAACUGAAUGUCGUCGUAACUGGUCAACAUAUGUGUUUUUUUGUUUUGUUUUAAACGUGUAAGUAAUAGUGUUGCUGCGGUUUCGCUGAAGAACUUCACUACCUCAGGGGUCUUGAGGUAUCUGCGCCCUCGGCAGCGCUGUGUAUCAUGACGUCCCCCCAGAGUGUACUAUCGAGUGCGCUGUGCGUGCUGCUGCUGGCGGAGCUGUUGGGCGCCACUCAGCAGCAGCAGCGCGACCACUACGAGGUUCUGGGCGUGCCACGCUCGGCCUCGCAGCGCCAGAUCAAGAAGGCGUUCCACCGGCUCGCCAUGGCGCACCACCCCGACAAGAACAAGAACCCCGAUGCAGAGGCACGCUUCCACGAGAUCGCCGAGGCCUACGAGGUACUGUCUGACGAGAAGCGGCGCCGCGACUACGACACGUUUGGGUGGCGUGCGGGUGCUGGCGGAGCGCCAGGCAGCGGCUUCAAACAGCAGCAGCAGCAACAGGGGGCGGACUUCGACUUCAACUUUGACGACUUCUUCCGGCACUUCGACGACGCGCCCAACUUUGACUUCGGGAGGCAAGCGGGAGGAGGAGCCGGCAGUCGCGCCGACUCAACGUUCGGCUCGCACCACCAGCGGCCCCGGCGCGCGUCCGCCCGGCAGCAGUUUUUCGACACAAACGGCCUGUUCGAGGAGCUGUUCAGGGCCGACCCGCUCGCCGACUCCAUCUUCAGCGGCGCCAGCGCCAAGGCUGGGAGCAGGGGGCACGCUCACGCGCACGCUCACGCUAGCGCGCACACUAACGCGCACGCUCAAGCGCACGCUCAAGCGCACUCGCAUGGCGGCGCCAGGUCGCAGCACUGCCGUACGGUCACACAGAGAAUCGGAAACAUGGUGACGACCUACACGGAGUGCUCGGGGGCAUGACACUGUCCAGCCCCCCCCUCCCUGCAAGCCCCAACCUUUCCCCACCUGCCCCCUCAUCAUCUCACCCAACCCCACGUAAGUGCUCAAGUGUUAUCGAGCCGCAUGCGGCAACAAACUUUCUUAAGCAGGUUGCUAAGUGGCUCAAGGAGUUUCUAAUGGCCAUGCCAGAGUCACUGAGCUGGCAACUGCUUGAGACCCUAGGUUUGAAUCUGGGUUGCGGCAGCCUCCCUGUGAUGAUUAAACUGCCUUCUCAAGUGUAGUGAGCUGUUGGUCUCUGCCAGUAUCACCAAUGACUGCACAAAAACUUUUUAAUUUUAUUUCGUACAAUUCGGUUUAUUUCAACUCUUGAGGACAAAAAAAUGCAGUUCAAUAAGACAUAGCCGAAACAUUAUUUGCAGGGCAUGUAAAUAGUGUGUUCCUCGUGUGGAUAAAGUCGGCUUAUUUCAGUGAUUUGAUUUGCCAAGUAGUUCUUAGGUGUCAUCUUCUGGGGUCAUUCUUGGACACAAGGUGGUACAUUUUUCCUUUCUUAUUUACAAACUUUCUAUCCGCGAUGUUGGCUGUCCACGAAUCGCAUCUGGAACUUUACUCGGCAACAUCGAGUUUUAGAAGCAUCUGCCGACAUUGCACGUACGAUGUUCGUAGACCGAUAUCUGCAAAUUUAGCUAUUCACAAGCAUUUUCGGAAUGUAUUGCUCGUGAAUAACGAGGGAAUACUGUGCACUGUUCCCUGCAAGAGUUGUGAUUGGAAAUUCCUUCGUAAGAUGACACCACAAAUAUCACAUUUCAAAUAUAAUCGGGAGAGCGGAAAAACAAGCUGAACUUAAACCGAUGAGUUUAAACCUAUCAGUUUUACAUUUCUAUGAUAAUUGCCGCUACAGCUGCUAAUUUAUUUGCGGCGGUCGCCUGUCCGUGUUUUGCGACCUGUGCUUUCCCCGUGCCCUCCUCUCACCGGGGCCCACCCGUGAGCCCAAGUGACACACGGAGGAACGCGCGGUGGAGCGUGAUGGGGCUUUAACGCAGCUCCCGACAUACGUAAAGUUUUUGGGGGGUGGUGUGCGGAGUGGGGCAGUUUAUUCACCGUGACCAGACUGUGGUAAACAUCGGGGGGGGGAGGGGGGUGGCCGGCGAAGUGCGACGGGUGAAGCCGUGGUCGCCAUGAGCACAGUUUCAUCGCCCAGUCAAACAAAUUCCUUGCUUAUUAAGCAGGGCCACGUGACGCAGGGUGCCUUGCCGCUGAUCCCUGGGUCUGGACUGUGGCCAGGACGUGCCAAGUAUCGGUGUACCCAAGAAGCAUAUGUGUGAGCAUGGGUACACGUGUGUGAGUGUCUGUGGUGCAUCUACUGGUCAUCUCAGUCAGCCAACCCAUGGCACCUGGGUCUGUCCCGGGACCUGUCAGCGAGCCUUCGACACUUCACGUGGCCUCAAAGUGCAUCUGGCCUGGCACAGGCGCCGUGGUGACGUCACCGUCACUUAGUGGCAAAUGGCGGGUAUUGGUAUUGGUGUCCCCGUGUGAGUGUCCGUGUUCCUUGUGUGCCUUUGUGUAUCCAUUUGUCUCCCAUGUCAACCUCAUGACCUGUGUCUUUGUCCCCAUGUGUCUCUGGUCCCAGUCCCCAUGCAUGUCUGAACCCUGUGUAUUUUUUCCCUCCCGUGUCCUCAUUCCCAUGUGUCUGUGUCUCGCGUUUGUCACGUUAUGCGUCUGUCGUUCUGUCUAUCCCUAUUGAGUUGACCGCGUUGUUGACCGUAGCCUCUGAAAGCCAAGUGCAAUAAUGAAGGUAAUUUUUAAUUACUAAUUAACUUAAAGCGCCCGCCGUCUGGAGGUGUGCGCGUACUAUAGUCGUGGAUUGUUAGUGAUGGGACACGUGCAUUAUUACAUUUUACUAAGCGGAACGUGAGAAUCCUGAGCCUCGGUGACCGCUUCUACACGAGUUAAACCAGUUGAUCGCAACCGUUUUCACCAAACCAAUUCAGCUUCGUGCCCGAGAUGGGUUAAAUUCACAGCGGUUUCACAAAAAAACUAGUUUUACUUGGUAGCAUACGAAAUAGCGAAAACCAAAUCAAACCUGGAAUGCGCCCGAUCUCAUCCGAUCUCGGAAGCUAAGCAGGCGCGAAGCAUGGAUAGUGCUUGGAUGGUUGAUCACCGAGCAUUAAAAAAACAAACGUAGGCUGCUUUGGGGUUAGGUGGUGGGCAGCAGAGGGCAGUGCAGCAAAAAUCAUUGAACUGGACCAUGCCCCCACGUCGACGCUUUCCACCUUCAACCCACACUGGCCAGCGUGGUUAGGUGUCGUCAAAUAAUCAUCCCGCGACCCGCAUGGCGUGUGGAAGCCCUCAUCCAACGGUGGAUUGGCAAAUGUGGCCGUCUAUGUACAGUGUACGAGUUGAGCAAAACGUUUGAACCGGUUUAUUUUGUUGCGUGUAGAAAGGGCCGCCGCUGCUGCUGUUGGAGCGCUCGAUUGUGAGCGAGGAUUGUUCCUGAAGCAGUGUGGAGAGAGAGUGUUCAAUAAAACGAUGAAGCUC